AUGUGGGAGAAGUACGGCUUCGAGAACCAGUCGGCCGACGCCGAGGAGACCGGACGUGAUGCAGCGGCUGGAGGCGCCGAGCGCCUAGGCCGCGCGCCCUCGGGCAGCAGAGGCAGCGACAGCGCAGGGCGGCGCUGCGCUGAGCGGCCCUGCCUGCGGCGGCUCCGCCUGCGGGCGCGCGCGCCUCGGCGCGGCCUCCGCGUCGCCUCGGGGAGGGGGACGCGUGGGCUUCGAGCAGAUGGGGCCACCCCCGUGGGCCACCAAGGUUGUAUUGGCGAGCUCGUGCCUCCAGCCUGCCUCGGGCACUGA